AUGAUGAAUCGUGCCGCUGCUCUGCGCAGAGCCGCCGCGCUUACGCCUUCGUCUGCCGCCCGCUCCCGCACCGUCAACGGCGCUCGUUCGUACGCUACAGCCGCCGAUGGAACCUCCAGAUCCGGCCUGGGCCGCUUCUUUGCCAUCUCGACCGUCGGCGCUACCCUUUUCUAUGGCAUCUCGACCGUCGCUGCCCUCAACAAUGACCGAUACCACCACUUCUUCGUCGAGAGCAUUCCCGGAGGAGAGCGCAUCAUCGACUACCUCGACACGCACGAUGUCGGUCAGGAGAUCAAGAACAUCAACCUCGGCGGCUACGGCGACAAGGCGAUCGAUGUCACCAAGACUGCGUACGGCAGCGUGAGCGGUGCUGUCGAGCGUGUGCUCAACGGGGAUGCUGCGCCGGCUGGGAUUGACGCGCGUGAUGCGCGACUCCGCGUCGCAGAGGCGCGCGACACGGUCAAGGGCGAGGCGGACAAGUUGGCGCAGAAGCUCAAGUCUGGCGCGAGCAAGGUCGAGGACGAGGCCGAGUCGGCGCUCAAGACGGUGCAGGACAAGACAACGGAGCUGGUCAACCGCGCCAAGGCGGCUGCUGAGCGCGCCGAGGCCAAGGUGCGUGGGGAAGCGGCCGAGGUCAAGCAGGAUGGUCGCGGCGUGCUUCAGCGUGCGAUCGACAGCGUCCAGGUCCAGACGGAUAUCGGGGCCAACACCAAGGCUGCUCCGACCAAGAGCGCUUCCACCGGCACGGGUCCCAAGGAGCAGGUCAAGGAGACCUACACCGGCGAGCUGCCCGUCAACCACGAGCCUCCCGUCGGCUAUGCUGCUCCGCGUCUCGACCGUGGUCUCAAGGCGCCCGAGAAGCCUAACGCUCGCUUGCGUCCCGAUCCCGAGGCACCCAAGCUGCCUCUGCUCGCACCUUCGAUCAAGAGCCUCUCGGCUUCCGAGCCCAUGAUCGCCCAGCUCGCCGGCACCAUCGACGAACUCACCACGUUCCUCAAAGAGACGCCUUCCUCGGGCGCCGUCGCCAAGGGCGUCAUCGAAAACGCGCAGGUCGACCUCGAGCGUCUGAGCCAGCGUCUUGAAGCCAUCAAGCGCCAAGAAGCCAAGCGCGUCGAGGACAGCCUUGCCGCCCAAGCCAAGCGAUACGAGGCUCAGAUCUCCAAGCAGUCCGAAGAAGCCGCCAACAAGCUGACGAGCCGCGAGUCGGACUGGCAAAAGUCGUUCGAGGAGGAGCGCACCAAGCAGAUGUCCCAGUUCAAGGAGAAGCUCGAGAAGGAGCUGGCCACGCAGAGCGAGAUCAUCAACGAGCGGCUCAAGGAGGAGGUCAUCGCCCAGGGGAUCGAGCUGCAACGUCGAUGGAUGAAGGACAUCAAGACCAAGGUGGAGGAGGAGCGCGGAGGACGGCUCGCAAAGCUGGACGAGUUGGCGACCGAGUUGAAGAGUCUCGAGAAGGUGAGUUUGGACAACAGCAGCGUGCUGGACGAGAACGUGUCGGUGCAUACGCUGUGGACGGCGGUGCGGGCGGUGCAGCAUGCGCUGGACGAUGCGUCGGCGACCAAGGUGCCCUUUGCUGAGCAGCUCAGGGUGCUCAAGGGGACGUCCAAGGCGCGCGAGGAUCCGGUGCUCUCCGCCGCGAUCGAAGCGCUCGACGCCAGCGGCGCCGCCGACACGGGUGUCGAAAGCUUGACGACGCUCAAGCAGUGGUUCGACAACAAGGUCGGUCCGCGUCUGCGUCAGGUCUCGCUCGUGCCUUCGCCAGAAACCGCGGGCGUGCUCUCGCACCUCGCUAGCGCAGCCCUCUCGCCCAUCCUCUUUCACAAAAAGGGCCUCGUCCAGGGCGAAGACGUACCCUCCGUGCUCGCAAGGGCCGAGUACUACCUCGACCGCAAGGACCUCGAUUCGGCUACGAGGGAGCUGAACCAGUUGAAGGGCUGGCCAAAGCUGCUCGCGUCCGACUGGCUCGCCGCGUCGCGAAAGAGGUUGGAGGUGCAACAGGCGCUCGAGGUGGUGCAGACCGAGGCGAGCCUCGCUUCGUUGAUGGUUUCCGCUUGA